AUGCGCAACGCUAUGUCCAACGAACGUGAACAUCUUUCAGCGGAAGCUUUUGAAGCUGCCCAUAUCUGCGCCAACAAAUACAUGGUGAAGAGCUGCGGAAAGGAUCGUGAGCUCUUAGGCAGCCGCUAUACUCCUCGAGGAGCGCUGGAAAUCUUCGAAGGCUUAAGACUUCAUAACUCUUGGUUAGCAGGAACUGUCGUGUUCAUACUGAUAAUGGUUGCCUUUGCGGUCGAGCAUCAAAUGCUUACAGGGAAUUAA